AUGAAAGUAAAAGAUUUAAAUAUUGUAAUUAUAGGUGGUGGCCCAGCAGGGCUAUCAAUGGCGAGAUUACUUCAACUUAACGAUUUUAAAAAUGUAAUGGUAGUAGAAAGAGAUAUUAACCGUACUAUUAGAGUUGGUGGUUCAUCAUUAGAUUUACAUUCAGAUAGUGGUUUAAUUUUUAUAGAAAAGGCGAAACUAAUGAACGAAUUUUUAAGAGUUUCAAGACCAGAAGGUGAAUCUAUUACUAUAGCAGAUAAAAAUGCUAAUAUAGUUUUAAAAAAACCUCAUUUAAAAAUUGCAAGUAAAAAACCGGAAAUCGAUCGUGGUGUAUUACGUGACCUUUUGGUUGACUCAUUGGUUGAGGGUACAAUCAAAUGGGACCAUCAAUUUGUAUCAUUAAACCAAUUAGACAAUGGAAAAACUGAAAUAGUUUUUAAAGAUGGGAAAACAAUAGUAGCCGAUUUAGUUAUAGGAGCAGAUGGUGCAAAUUCAAAAAUCAGACCCUAUGUUACAGAUAUGAAACUAAAAUACUCUGGUAUCACCUUGGUAGAAUUUGAAGUUGAAAACCCAAAACAAUUAUGUCCACAAGUUUACGAAUGGGUAGAUGCAGGUUUAUUUUAUGUUCUCGAUGAUGAAAAAGGGUUUAUUGUUCAAUUAAAGGGUGAUGGAAAUUUAAUUAUUUAUUUAUCAUGUAAAAGAGAAGAAAAUUGGAUUAAAAAUUCAGGGUUAGAUUUUAAAAAUGAUUUAGAAUCAGUUAAAACAUUUAUUAAGAAGGAAGUUCUAUCAGAUUGGAACCCAAUUUUUCAUAAUGUUGUAGAUAAUGCGACCUUCUUUAUUCCAAGACCUUUGUUCUCUAUACCAUUAGAUCCAAUGAUAGAUUGGAAAUCAAAUAAAAACAUUACAUUAAUUGGGGAUGCUGCCCAUACAAUUGUCCCAUAUGCUGGCAAAGGUAUCAAUAGUGGAAUGAUGGAUGCUGUAGAACUAACAGAAUGUUUAAUAGAACCCUCAGAUAUGCAAUUAUCAGAAAGAUUAAAUAGAUACGAAGAAAAAAUGCACACAAGAAUGUUAGAAGUUGCAACCGAUAGUAUGGAUGCACAAGAAAUAGUGCAUAACAAGGAUGCCAAUACUCUAUUAGUGGAUAGAUUUUUAGGUUACUAUAAAUAUGUUAAAGAUAUAUUGCCAUACUUUAUAUAUUCCAUAAACUAUAUAACUGAUUUAUUUGGUUUUUCAAAAUAA